AUGCGGAUCUUUAUCAAGACUGUCAAUGGGAAAACAACGAUCAAAGUAGAGGACGUCGAUAGCUCCAAACCCAUCGACCUCAACAUCGACGAAGAACCGACUCGUCGAAAUAUUCCACCGAACGUUCGUCAUGGGAAAGUCGUGCAGCGUUUUGAAAAAACUCGGGAUGGAAAAACAACGAUCUACUUAGAGGUCGAUAGCUCCAAAACUAUCGACCUCAAGAUUGACGAAAACCCGACCCGUCGAAAUAAUGGACCGGACCUUCGUCGUCACGGUGAAGGCAUGCAUAUUUUUGUAAAGACUUUGACAGGAAAGACCAUAGACUUAGAGGUGGAACACUCUGACACUAUUGAUAAUAUCAAGGCCAAGAUCCAGGAUAAAGAAGGCAUUCCACCGGACCAACAGAUGCUAAUCUUUGCCGGGAGGCAGCUUGAAGAUGGUCGCAUUUUAGCGGAUUACAAUAUCCAGAAGCAGUCGACCUUUCACUUGGUACUCCGUCUUUCGUGGUCGAAAAUGCAGAUUUCUAUCAAGACUGUCAAUGGGAAAACAACGAUCAAUCUAGAGGUCGAUAGCUCUAUCCCCUUGAGUGUGGAAAACUGCGACACGAUUGAAAACGUCAAGGCCAAGAUCCAGAAGAAAGAAGGCAUCCCAGUGAGCCAGCAGACGCUGUUGUUUAAAACCAAGCAACUCGAUGAUGAUCUCAGAGUAGACGACUACAGCAUCCAAAACGACUCGAUCCUUCACUUGAUAUGUCACUAA